AUGAACAAACUGAACUUCCAUAAUAACAGAGUCAUGCAAGACCGCCGCAGCGUUUGUAUUUUCCUUCCCAACGAUGAUUCUCUCAACAUCAUUAUAAAUGUUAAAAUAUUAUGUCGUGAGUUACUUGUCCAGGUGUGCGACCUUCUGAGGUUAAGGGAUUGUCAUCUCUUUGGACUCAGCGUCAUACAAAACAAUGAACACGUGUAUAUGGAAUUAUCACAGAAACUCUACAAAUACUGCCCAAAGGAAUGGAAGAAAGAAGCUAGCAAGGUAUUGACCGUGAGUUGGGGUAUUGACCAGUUUGGUCCCCCAAUGAUUAUCCACUUUCGAGUGCAAUAUUAUGUGGAAAAUGGCAGACUGAUCAGUGACAGAACAGCCAGGUACUAUUAUUACUGGCACCUGAGAAAACAAGUGCUGCAUUCCCAGUGUGUGCUGCGCGAGGAGGCCUACUUCCUGCUGGCAGCCUUCGCACUGCAGGCCGACCUGGGGAACUUCAAAAGGAACAAGCACUAUGGGAAAUACUUUGAGCCGGAGGCUUACUUCCCUGCAUGGGUGCUGACAAAGCGAGGGAAAGACUACAUCUUAAAGCACAUUCCAAACAUGCACAAAGAUCAGUUUGCACUCACAGCCUCUGAAGCGCAUCUUAAAUAUAUUAAGGAGGCAGUCCGGCUGGAUGAUGUCGCUGUUCAUUACUACAGAUUGUAUAAGGACAAAAGGGAAAUCGAAGCCUCAUUAACCCUUGGGUUGACAACGCGGGGCAUACAGAUCUUUCAGAAUUUAGAUGAAGAAAAACAGUUGCUUUAUGACUUCCCCUGGACAAACGUGGGAAAACUUGUAUUUGUGGGUAAGAAAUUUGAGAUUUUGCCAGAUGGUUUGCCCUCGGCCAGGAAACUCAUCUACUACACAGGCUGUCCCAUGCGCUCCAGGCACCUCCUGCAGCUACUCAGCAAUAGCCAUCGCCUCUAUAUGAAUCUGCAGCCGAUCCUGCGGCAGAUCAGGAAACUUGAGGAGAACGAAGAGAAGAAGCAGUACCGGGAGUCUUACAUCAGCGACACGGUGGACCUGGACAUGGACCAGCUGGAGAAACGCUCCCGAGCCAGCGGGAGCAGCGCGGGCAGCGCCAAGCACAAGCGCCUCUCGCGGCACUCCACGACCAGCCAUAGCAGCUCCCACACCUCCGGCAUUGAGGCGGACACCAAGCCCAGGGAGAUGGGGCCGGAGGACAGCUUCCUGGGCACCGCCGUGCACCGCAAACUGAAAACCUGCAGCUCCAUGACCAGCCAUGGCAGCUCCCACACCUCCGGGGUGGAGAGCGGGGGGAAGGACCGGCUGGAGGAGGACUCUCAGGAUGACGAAAUAGAAAUGCUGGUGGAUGACCCCCGAGAGCUGGAGCAGACAAAUGAGUCGCCCCUCGAGGUUAGCCCGGACAUGUGUAUCUACAUCACUGAGGAUAUGCUGACAUCACGGAAGUUUAACGGACACUCGGGGUUAAUCGUAAAGGAAGUGAGCUCAUCCACGUCCAGCUCUUCAGAAACAGUGGUCAGACUUCGUGGUCAAAGCAGCGACUCGUUGCCCCAGACCGUCUGCAGAAAACCAAAGACUUCCACCGACCGGCACAGCUUAAGCCUGGAUGACAUCCGGCUUUACCAAAAAGACUUCUUGCAGCUAGCGGACGCUGCUCAGAGCUACACGUUUGGCUGUGGCCACGAACUGGAUGAAGACGGUCUCUAUUGUAAUGGCUGCUUGGCUCAGCAAUGUAUCAAUAUCCAAGAAAGUUUCCCAGUCAAAAGAACGAGCAAAUACUUCUCUUUGGAUCUGACCCAUGAUGAAGUUCCAGAGUUUGUUGUUUAA